CUGAGACUGGAAUAGAUAUCCGCAUCCAGAAGGAAGCCUGGACUUCCCCGCACUCUCGUGACAUGUUCGCCAACCAGACACUUGCUGACACCACAAACCUUCCAUCAUUCAACACUCGGCCAUCAUCCAGCCAUCAUCGAAGAAAGGUUCAUCCAUUAGAUCAAUAUGCCGACCGCGACAGCCAAAGUUGGAGACCUGGUGCUGGCUGAAGCUGACACUUGGGAGACGGUUGAAGGGAAUGUAUACUUUCCGCGCUCCGCUAUCAAAGACCCGAGUACUUUCCAGAACUCUGAUACCAAGACCUUCUGCCCCUGGAAGGGGGAAGCAGAGUACUAUUCGGUAAAGGCUGGCGACUCUGUCAUACAAGAUGCUGCCUGGUACUACGCAAAUCCAUAUGAAAAGGCUUUGAAUAUCAAGGAUCAUAUUGCGUUCUACAAGUCUAAGGUUCAAGUCACCGUGGAAUAGUGAGCGCUGCACUGCGGGAGAUGUAAUCGCAUUGGAAUCACAAUGCAUCUUGGGAGAAGUGAGAAAAGAAAUUCUAAAUUGGGUAGCUGAAUGUACCAGUCGAGAGCUUCUUCGGCCCUCAGAAUAAUGCGCCAAUACCCAAACCAAC